AUGCGCUUCCUUAGCGACAGCGUUGUCGUCGACCGGACCGAACCAAUGCCUGUACAAGUUCUCAGCGCCGGUCUCCCUCGUUGCGCAACAAGCUCUCUGCAAACUGCACUUGAGUCCCAACACAUCCGCCUGAAUCCCUGUAUGCACUUUGCAUACAUUGCACCACACGCCAACCGCGGGGACAUCCUCCUAGCUGCAUCACGAGAGAAUGAUACAGCCCGACGUCACAAGCUACUCCACAAACUGUUCGGUGGUUUCCAGGCAACGACCGAUUUCCCCGGCUCUAUGCUCAUGGAUGAUCUUAUGGACAUGUACCCGGACGCCAAGAUCAUACUAAACAAGCGGCCUGGCGGCGGCCACCAACGGGAGCAGUCAAUCAAGGUGCUCCUCUUUGCACGUUCACCGGUGUAUUCUGCUCUCUGUUUCUUAUGGAAGACAGAUCGAAAUCUGUGUGCGAUGUGGCACAGUAUUACGGAGCUCUGUCAGAGAAAGUUAGGUCUGACUACAUACGAAGUAUGGACGGCAAAGCAUUAUGAUGCGCAUAAUGCGUGGAUUCGCGCUGAAGCAGCUAAACGCGUGCGGAAGGUUUUGGAAUUUGAGCCUCGAGACGGAUGGGAGUCUUUGUGCACUUUUAUUGGCAAGGAGAGACCAGAAGACGAGCCUUUCCCUCACCGUAAUGAUGCUGCUGAGGUUCGAAUGAUCACACGAAUUCUAUAUGCUCGGGGUGCAAUCUCCUGGCUUGUUCUGGGUGGAAUGGUGUUUGGCGCAGUGAGCUGGCUUGUGAAGGGGCAGUUUUUCUAG